CGAUAACGGACGAGCCCUCCUCUUUUGUUUAUGAGUUUCCAUAAUUAAAAGAAUUCAGCAAUCUUUGUGUAUAUUAAUUACUCUAUUCCUCUCUCUUUUUCUCUGUAUUCUUUCUCUCUCCUCCGAUUGCUCGUUUAGUACGUUAUAUAAAUUGUGAAUUAGUUGAGUAGUUUCAGAAUGGGAGGAGGAUUUAGAGUAUUGCAUUUGGUCAGACCGUUUUUGUCGUUCCUUCCUGAGGUGCAAAGUGCAGACAGGAAGGUGCCCUUCAGAGAAAAGGUCAUCUACACUGUUAUUUCGUUGUUCAUAUUUCUGGUGUGCAGUCAGCUUCCACUUUAUGGAAUUCACUCCACGACGGGGGCUGAUCCAUUCUAUUGGAUGCGUGUUAUCCUCGCUUCCAGCCGUGGAACUGUCAUGGAGCUCGGUAUCACCCCUAUUGUGACGUCUGGGUUGGUGAUGCAGCUCUUGGCUGGGUCAAAGAUCAUUGAGGUUGACAACAAUGUCCGUGAGGACCGUGCACUUUUAAAUGGUGCACAGAAGUUGUUGGGUAUUCUGAUUGCUGUUGGUGAGGCUGUAGCAUAUGUUUUAUCUGGGAUGUAUGGAAGUGUAGGCCAGCUUGGUGUUGGAAACGCAAUUCUUAUCAUUCUUCAACUUUGCUUUGCUGGAAUUAUCGUGAUCUGCCUCGAUGAACUUCUGCAGAAGGGAUAUGGUCUAGGUUCUGGAAUUUCACUUUUCAUUGCUACCAACAUCUGUGAGAACAUCAUCUGGAAAGCAUUCAGCCCAACCACCAUCAAUGCUGGGCGUGGUGCCGAGUUUGAGGGUGCUGUUAUUGCCUUGUUCCACCUCCUAAUUACGAGGACUGACAAAGUCCGUGCCCUUCGAGAGGCAUUUUAUCGGCAGAACCUUCCAAAUGUAACCAACUUGCUUGCAACAGUCUUGAUCUUUUUGAUUGUUAUCUAUUUCCAAGGGUUCCGUGUUGUAUUGCCUGUACGGUCAAAGAAUGCCCGUGGCCAACAGGGCUCAUACCCCAUCAAGUUGUUUUACACCUCCAACAUGCCCAUCAUUCUUCAAUCUGCUCUUGUCACCAACCUAUACUUCAUCUCACAGUUGCUAUACAGGAAAUACAGUGGAAACUUCUUUGUGAAUUUGUUGGGAAAGUGGAAGGAGUCUGAAUAUGGCAAUCAAUCAAUUCCAGUUGGUGGUCUUGCUUACUAUGUUACUGCCCCAGCCAGCUUGGCGGAAAUGGCAGCACAUCCUUUCCAUGCUCUGUUUUAUAUAAUUUUCAUGCUUUCAGCAUGUGCUCUGUUUUCAAAGACAUGGAUUGAGGUUUCUGGAUCAUCUGCUAGGGAUGUGGCUAAGCAGCUUAAGGAGCAAGGAAUGGUUAUGCCAGGACACCGUGAUUCAAACUUGCAGAAAGAACUCAACCGUUAUAUUCCCACUGCUGCUGCCUUCGGAGGAAUCUGCAUUGGUGCAUUAACAGUUUUGGCAGAUUUCAUGGGUGCUAUUGGCUCAGGAACUGGUAUUUUACUUGCAGUAACCAUCAUUUACCAGUAUUUCGAGACAUUUGAGAAGGAGAGAGCAAGUGAACUUGGAUUCCUCGGGCUUUGAGGGCCUUGUCGCAGUUUUGGCGAAGUUUAGGGAAUGGAAAUAGGUGACCCUUUGUUAGAAUUUUACAAGUAGAGUUUCCUUUUCCCCUACAAUCAUGUACGUUUAGUGCAAUUUUUUUUUUCUCUUGUCAACAUACUUACAUUUUAUAGAAUACAGCUAAUUUUAAGUACUUUCAACCAGGUAUUUGUAUCAUUACUUUCUAGGUCAUUUGUUGUUACAGUCAGUUGAGUUAAUUGUGUAAUUUGUAGUUCAUUUUGCGGUUACAUACUAAUAUACUAUUGGUGAGCAGUAAGUUGCACUUGUUCAAAA